GAGAGGCGCGCGCGGGCCGCGGCCGAGCAGGAGGCUGCAAGGAGAGCCCGCGGGGGCCCUCGGAGUGCAGUUCCUCAGCCCCCGCAAAACAAUGUGUGGCGUGCUGCGGGGCGCAACUUGCCGGAGGCGGCGGGGGCGCGCCGAGCCUGCCUGAGACCGCGCCGCUGACCUUCUCCCCCCGCCGUCCGUUGGGCCCGAGCGCCCAGCUUCUCGCUCCCCAGCUCGCGGGGGCCGGGCCGAGCUGCAGGGCGGGGCCGCCCCUCCGUCGCUGCUGCCUCCUCCCCCACCCCCAGCCGCUGAGGAUGCGGACGGCCCCCGGCGGCGUCUAGCGGCCCCGGGCCCAGGAGCGAUGGUGCAGCAGCGGGGCGCGAGGGCCAAGCGGGACGGCGGGCCACCGCCCCCGGGGCCCGGGCCGGCCGAGGAGGGGGCGCGUGAGCCCGGCUGGUGCAAGACCCCGAGCGGCCACAUUAAGAGACCGAUGAACGCGUUCAUGGUGUGGUCGCAGCACGAACGGCGGAAGAUCAUGGACCAGUGGCCCGACAUGCACAACGCCGAGAUCUCCAAGCGCCUGGGCCGCCGCUGGCAGCUGCUGCAGGACUCGGAGAAGAUCCCGUUCGUGCGGGAGGCGGAGCGGCUGCGCCUCAAGCACAUGGCGGAUUACCCGGACUACAAGUACCGGCCGCGCAAAAAGAGCAAGGGGGCGCCCGCCAAGGCGCGGCCCCGCCCCCCCGGCGGCGGCGGCAGCCGGCUCAAGCCCGGGCCGCAGCUGCCUAGCCGCGGGGGCCGCCGAGCGGCGGGAGGGCCUUUGGGGGGCGGCGCGGCGGCGCCCGAGGACGACGACGAGGACGACGACGAGGAGCUGCUGGAAGUGCGCCUGGUCGAGACCCCCGGGCGGGAGCUGUGGAGGAUGGUCCCGGCGGGGCGGGCCGCCCGGGGACAAGCGGAGCGUUCCCAGGGGCCGUCGGGCGAGGGGGCGGCUGUCACCAACGCCUCCCCGACUCCGUCGGAGGACGAGGAGCCGGAGGAAGAGGAGGAGGAGGCGGCGGCGACGGAGGAAGGCGAAGAGGAGACGGUGGCGUCGGGGGAGGAGCCGCUGGGCUUUCUGUCCAGACUGCCCCCCGGCCCUGCCGGCCUGGACUGCAGCGCCCUGGACCGCGACCCAGACCUGCCGCCCCCCUCGGGCACGUCGCACUUCGAGUUCCCGGACUACUGCACCCCCGAGGUUACCGAGAUGAUCGCAGGGGACUGGCGCCCGUCUAGCAUCGCCGACCUGGUUUUCACCUACUGAGCCCACCGUCAGCGGGGCGCGCACGCCCCCUAAACCAGCUGUUUACAUACAGGAAUCAGGUAUUGGGGCCCCUCGGAGGCCGAGGCUGGCACCCCAUCUCCCGCACAGCCUCCCCCCUCCUAGACGUGCCCAACCCCCUUCAAAUCCAGACAUGCCCUUCCCCCGCAGACACACCCCAAGGCAUCCCAACCCCCACCCUUUCUCCGACAUCCAAACCCCUCCCCAUCUUACCCCCUCCCGCACAGCCACCAGCAGCCAGCCCCCCCUCCGAUACACCUCCCGUCCUCUCCAAGAGACCUGUACCCCUCCCCCAUUUUGCACACGCCCCUCCUCACGGCCGGAGGACACGCCCCUGCCCUUGCUCCGGACUCCCUCCGCCUUAGCCUGGCCCGCCUCCUGUCUUGUUUGGGGGGGGCACUGCAGCUGGGCGGCCCCGCGCCCUCCUCCCUUGCCCCUCCCUCCCAGGGAGGGGGAGGGGCCGUUCCUUUUCCCCGGGAACGCUGGGAUCCGCCCCCUUCUCGCGCAUGCUUAAUGCUUCUUGGGAGGAGGGAGCUGGUCCCAGUCGAACCUCACGCCCCUGUCAGAUCCAGGAAGGGGGGCGGAAAUAGAGCGAUCCUGAGAAAUCUUUUGAUCCAGGAGCCACGGCUUCCGUUCAACCCGACGGGGCGUCACUGCCUUAAAUGGGAGGAGCACUCGGAAGGGGGAGAAAGAGACUAGCCGGCCCGGAAGGGUUGGUGUGGAGCUUGGAACGCCCAAGUGGCAUAGACCCUCUUCCCUCACGGGGUCGCCCAACCCACGUGCACCCACCCCUCACCGACUGCAUGACUGCCUCUACAGCUUGUCUUGGUUCCAAGAAGCCUACCUUUCUUUCCCCCACCUGGGAAUUGGGGGCAGGGUCUUUCUCUGGAAAUCCUUCAGGAGAGAAAAAGAAAACUCAGAACCAA